AAGCUGAGCUGAGUCGCGCCUCGCCGCGCCACCCGCGCGGCUCCUCGGACAGCGAGCGAUGUACUCCCCGUACUGCCUCACCCAGGAUGAAUUCCACCCGUUCAUCGAGGCCUUGCUGCCUCAUGUCCGUGCCUUCUCCUACACCUGGUUCAAUCUGCAGGCGCGGAAGCGCAAGUACUUCAAGAAACAUGAGAAGCGCAUGUCGAAGGACGAGGAGCGGGCAGUGAAGGAUGAGCUGCUGGGGGAGAAGCCCGAGAUUAAGCAGAAGUGGGCGUCCCGGCUCCUGGCCAAGCUGCGCAAGGACAUCCGGCCCGAGUUCCGAGAGGACUUUGUGCUGACCAUCACCGGCAAGAAGGCCCCCUGCUGUGUCCUCUCCAACCCUGACCAGAAGGGCAAGAUCCGCCGGAUUGACUGCCUGCGUCAGGCCGACAAGGUGUGGCGGCUCGACCUGGUCAUGGUGAUUUUGUUUAAGGGGAUCCCCCUGGAAAGUACUGAUGGGGAGCGGCUCUACAAGUCACCCCAGUGCUCCAACCCCGGCCUGUGUGUCCAGCCUCACCACAUUGGAGUCACAAUCAAAGAACUGGAUCUUUACCUGGCUUACUUUGUCCACACUCCUGAAUCCGGACAAUCAGACAGUUCAAACCAGCAAGGAGAUGCGGACAUCAAACCACUGCCCAAUGGGCACUUAAGUUUCCAAGACUGCUUUGUGACCUCUGGGGUCUGGAAUGUGACUGAGCUGGUCAGAGUAUCACAGACUCCUGUUGCUACGGCGUCAGGGCCUAACUUCUCCCUGGCGGAUUUGGAGAGCCCCAGUUAUUACAACAUAAACCAGGUGACCCUUGGGCGGCGGUCCAUCACCUCCCCUCCUUCCACCAGCACCACCAAGCGCCCUAAGUCCAUAGAUGACAGCGAGAUGGAGAGCCCCGUGGAUGACGUGUUCUACCCUGGGACAGGACGGUCCCCAGCAGCUGGUAGCAGCCAGUCCAGUGGUUGGCCCAAUGAUGUGGAUGCAGGCCCGGCUUCUCUAAAGAAGUCAGGAAAGCUGGACUUCUGCAGUGCCCUCUCCUCUCAGACCAGCUCCCCGCGCAUGGCUUUCACCCACCACCCGCUGCCCGUGCUAGCUGGAGUGAGACCAGGGAGCCCGCGGGCAACAGCCUCUGCUCUGCAUUUUCCCUCGACCUCCAUCAUCCAGCAGUCGAGUCCUUACUUCACCCACCCGACCAUCCGCUACCACCACCACCAUGGCCAGGACUCACUGAAGGAGUUUGUGCAGUUCGUGUGCUCGGAUGGCACAGGCCAGGCCGCAGGGCAGCAUUCUCAACGACAGGCGCCUCCUCUGCCAACCGGUUUGUCAGCAUCGGACCCCGGGACGGCAACUUUCUAAACAUCCCACAGCAGUCUCAGUCCUGGUUCCUCUGACAAGAUCUACAA